AUGGGAAUAACUGAACACAUUGAUAGGAUUGAUCUAGCAGUUUACCAACUUGAAGGGGAAGCAGAUCAUUGGUGGGCUCUGAUUCGGGAAUCUAGGGACAUCACCGCAAUAACGUGGACGCAGUUUAAGGAGUUAUUUUUGAGGAAGUACUUUCCAAACAUAGUCAAACAAGAAAGAAUUCGUGAAUUUCUAAACCUAGAACAAGGCACGAUGAUAGUGACCCAAUACGUGGCAAAGUUCAAGGAGUUAGCGCAUUAUGCGACUCGAUAUGUAGAAAACGAUGAAGAGAAAGCACAAAAAUUUGAAUGGGGUCUAGACCCUACAAUUCGAGGAAGAGUUUUGCCCAUGCGACUUCCCACUUUUGCAGAUGUGGUUGACACAGCACUCGAUUCAAAAUGGGAGGUGGUAGAUUUCAAGAGGAUUUGGAGUUUGAGGAAAGAAAACAAUCAAUCCAUUGUGGGACUAGAAAGGAAUAGUCAAAGGUAUGCAGCACUGAAGCCGUAUUCUAUGGAACCCCAACAACCCCUCCAAUCGCACUCGACCAAUCGCAGCAGCAAAAUCUAA